GUGGGUGGGGGAGGAGGGUGCUGCCUCGACAUGGAAAAGGGAAGGUGCAGUUGGAAUGCUGCCGAGGAGAAGUUAAACAGAGCUGCUUCUGCCUGUCAGGGCACACAAGCUGGAUGGCAGCACAGGAGUCCUGACACGAGGGAUAGCGGUGAGGAUCCAGCUGGCACUCUCAAGCAUGUGGAUGAGACGGGACCGGCUGCUGGUGACUGGUGUCCUAGCUGCCAUCUUCACUGCUGACCUGUACUUCAACAUCAUGCCCAAAGUUCAGGAGAUGUACUUCCGAGACGCGUGCGCCUGUCCCAACUCCAGUGCUGCUGGCACAUUCCUGAGCCACCGUCCUCCUCCUCCUUCUACUCCACUGGCUCCCUGGCAGCCCUCCUCAGUGGGCUCCCGCAUCUCAAAUCUGAACCAAAGUACAGGCAGUCCAGCAGAGAAUGGAUCCAAACUGGAGCAUCUUUUUGCUCAUCCUCUGUACAACAUUGGCACCCCGCAGCUGAGCCCAGAGGAAUUCCUUCUACAGAAAGAGGACGCUGAGAGCUACUACAAGAAAAAGCUGUCAAGGUGGAACAGGCACCAGAAAUAUUACAACACAGCCACCAAUGUAUCAGAAGCUACAAAUAUCUUAUCCUUUGAACCCGAGUCCAGCUGGGUAAAAUUUCAUUUGGGAAUCAACCGUUAUGCUUUGUACUCGCGGGAAGAUCCCCAUAUUCGCCAGCUGCUAAAGGACAUGAACGAUUUUGACAUCAUAAAUUCAGAUUACACUCAAGACGAGAAAAUUCUCAAAGGGUUGUGUGACUGCAGUCAAGUUGUGAAACCCAGUGGACAUCAUCUGAAGCUUUCCCUGAAGCUAAAGGAUUUUGGGAAGGUCAUGUUCAAACCCAUGAGACAAGAGAGAGAUGAGGAAACGCCAGAGGAUUUCUUCUACUUUGUAGAUUUCCAAAGGCACAAUGCUGAAAUUUCUGCUUUCCAUCUAGACCGGAUUCUAGAUUUCCGGAGGGUGCCCCCGGUGGUGGGGAGGUUUAUUAACAUCACCAAAGAAGUUUUGGAAACCACUCGGAAUGAGGAUCUGAAGAGUGUAUUUUUCACAUCACCAGCAAACAACAUGUGUUUCUUUGCAAAGUGCCUGUAUGUGUGCAAGACCGAAUAUGCAGUGUGUGGUAACCCAGACAUAGUUGAGGGGUCGCUGUCUGCCUAUCUGCCAGGACUCACCAUGGCACCUCGCUUCUCCAUCCCUAACCCGUGGAUCAGAUCCUACACCUUUACUGGGAAACAAGAGUGGGAGGUAAACCCAUUCUACUGUGACACAGUCAAGCAGCUCUACCCAUACAAUUCUGGAAACAGGCUGCUGAAUAUCAUAGACAUGGCAAUAUUCGACUUUUUAAUUGGGAACAUGGAUCGCCACCACUACGAGAUCUUUAAAAAGUUUGGAGACGACGGCUUUCUAAUCCACUUUGACAACGCCCGAGGAUUCGGAAAGCACUCCCAAGACGAAAUUUCCAUCUUGGCGCCUUUGUCCCAGUGUUGUAUAGUCAAGCGAUCCACGUUGCUUCGUCUUAGGCUGCUGUCUCUGCCCCAGUUCAGGCUGAGCGAUGUGAUGCGAGAGUCACUUCUGGACGACCCUCUCCAGCCUGUCUUAACGGAGCCCCACCUUCAAGCGCUGGACCGCCGCCUCCUGCGCAUCCUUAAAAUGGUGCAGAAAUGCGUCAAGAAGUAUGGGGAGGCCCACGUGGUCGCAGAAGACAUAAUUGAAACGCAGAAGUCCACCAAUACGACCAAAAGAUAGCGCUCCAGCGGGCAUAAUGGCAAGAGCGAGCAAAUCUUACGUGCAAAACGAAUCUACCAUAAUUCCUACGGAAAGGCAAAAACUGAUUGUGCCAACUAUAAAGAAGGAGCGAGAUUAAGAUCCAUUUAUUCUUUUCCUGAAUCCUUUUCCAAGCAUACCAGGACCAUUCCCAAGCAGUGUCAGAAGACCCCCCUCAAGCAGGGCACGCUCUGCCACACAAGGGGUCACUCAGAGUGACCUGAGGUCCUGGAGGAAACCCUCACAAAAAGUCUGGAAGGAAUUCAGGGUCAGCUGAUUUGCUGUCAUGCAGCUCGCGCUGCUUUUUAUUCAAUCUUUUUUUUCUCAAUUUUACGCCCCACUGUGCAGCUAAAAAUUCUUUACUCAAAAAAAAAGUAUUGAAACAAGACAGUGACAUUGGCAACUGCAGCCUACAGAAUAUUCCUUUACCUUAAGAAGUUGGGGAAAAAAGAAUGGAGAUUGAGGGCUGAUGCCUGCUACACUGGUGUUUGCAGUGGGAUUGCCAUUCACCACAAAUGGACCAGAUUAACGUUCCUUUAAUUCAGCUGACUAGAAAAUAUAUUUUCAACACCAGGAUACAAUUGAAUGGUUUGUGGCAACUGCCAGCUGAAGACUGUUAUACUGGUGUCAGAAGUCACCAUCAAAGGCUCAGUGUGAGCUUGCCACUAUAUACAUGGCCAACAGAAUAAACAGCCUAAUGGGCCAGAGGAAUGAUUCUUAAACUCAGCAGGCUAUAAUUUUCGAAUACUAUAGGAUAAAGGUAAACUGCUUGUUAUAAGCGGCAUCUUUUCACUUUGGCGACUGCACUGGCAUUUGUUAGAAAAGGCUCAGCAUAUCUAUGGUCAUCUGAGCUGGCAGCUUCAGCUCAUUGAUUUGUUUGCUUAGAUGACGUUGUGUGAUUUAUUGUGGUUACAUUGGUGGCAGAAGUGGGAUACCCUUUCAUCACAGGAGUCUCGCAGUGAUACAGCCGCCAUCUUCAAAAACGGAGAAUGCAUUUUGAGUCAGAGGAGUGGUCUUUAGUUCAGAAACACAGUCAUUCAUUUUUAGAACUGAUAAUGUUUCAUAGUGACCCUGCUUACACUGAAACAGAAACCGUUUACACCAGUGACGUGCGGUGAGCUUCACGGCUGGUGACUCCUUCAGAGUCAGAUUUACAAAUAUAUGAACCCAAAAGAGUAGCUUCUUCACUAUUCAAUUGGCAGCAUGCACACUGACUACGGGUUAUGUUUCAUAUCUCAUCAGCAUUCUUUACACACUCAUAUAUAAGGUUCAUAAUUAAUAAGAAAGAACAUUACAUUUACAGCAGCGAGAGCGCUCGGAGAGAGCGCAUUUGCUUCUCGCCCUCCAUGUGCUCUAAAUUUGCAGUUGCAAUUCCACAAUUCACACUCAUUCAAUACAAAUGAAAGUAUGGUGUGGUGUACAAAAAAAAACGGAUUUCAAUUUUGAACUUAAUUGAAAUGUUUCUCCAGCCAUCCAUCCAUUAUCCAACCCGCUAUAUCCUAACUACAGGGUCACGGGGGUCUGCUGGAGCCAAUCCCAGCCAGCACAGGGCGCAAGGCAGGAAACAAACCCCGGGCAGGGUGCCAGCCCACCACAGGGCACACACACACCAAGCGCACACACACAUUAGGGACAAUUUAGGAUCGCCAAUGCACCUAACCUGCAUGUCUGUGGACUGUGGGAGGAAACCCACGCAGACACGGGAAGAACAUGCAAACUCCACGCAGGGAGGAUGCGGGAAGCGACACUCGGGUCUCCUAACUGCGAGGCAGCAGCGCUUGAAAUGUUUAGUUGUUUUUAAAAGCUUUUAAUUCUGAUACUUUAAUCAAUUUUAAUACAGACUUUUCAACAAAAGGAUAACAAGAAAGAAUAUUUUAUUUAAGGUCAAAAUUUCGUUUUUAAAUAUUGGAUUGGUUUUUUUUUUCCUAGUCUGAUCCCAUUAUUUAUAAAAGUGAAAAACAUUUAUGGUCUUAUCGUUAUUUGUAAAUGAAGUCAAUGCACCAAUCCUUCUCCACGAAAAUCACUUUCUUGUAAAAGUCCUCCUUAUUUUCCUUUCGCUUUAAAAGUCUUUUUGGCAGUCAUUUGGAACAAAAAAUAAAAAUAAAUGGACCGGACCGCUGCAGUGCACUUGACUUUCUAAUUUAUCGGCGCCCAGAGCCUCUGCGUAGAAGAGCAGCAGAAACGAGCCCCUGUUGGACUCACAUGCGCCCCCUUCAGGGCUCCACGGUACUGUCGGCCUCACCUUGUGGCUUUUCACGGCGGUUUUAUGUCCGAUCAGCAAGACUAAAUAUGUCACACACAUUCAUUAAAGAUAUAAGCCAGACUGUGGAAAGUCAGGGUGUAUAAUAAACGUGUCUGCAAACAUUAUAUUGGCGACAUACAGAGAGACAGCAACAGGCAGCGCCAAUCAACCCCCUCAGUGUGUGAGGGAGCGCGCUGUCCGAGGUGAGGGGAGGCUCGUUGCUGCCGCACCUCCCGUUUCUCCCCUGUAUUUGAACAGAAAAUGCGUAAAUUCCGCGAUUUUGACUAAAAAAAAUGAUAAAAAUUAUUGGAAUCAUACAGAAAACAAAUUUCUAGCACAGGCCAAUGGACACGUUUAUUUUAUGUUAUCAUUAUUAGCUUUUUUUACUUUUCAUGAUGACUGCCUCCCCUGACCGCACGUCCGUGGUUUACAUAGCUUGGGCAGGGGCAAUUGUUUCACUAGGAUCAGUAUGAUCUGCCCACAAGAGGACCAGAAGUGCAAAGACACCAUUGCUCAUAGUCAAAAAGAAGUGCCAGACCAGAGGGGUACUCCUUUACCGUCGCCGGUAAAUAAUUUGAUACCCUGGAUUGAGAUCGCGGGUGGAUGGGCAUCAUCUCUACCAACUGUGGGUGGCACCCUUUCUUCAGUGAUGGCAUCUUCUUGAGCUACAGUAGCUUGUAAAAGAGCUCGAUGUGAGCGGGCUCUCAGUGACGUGAUGAGGUCACCACGCCCACCAUCCACAGUAAAAGAAGCCCCCUGAAAUCCGUCGACAGUGUUUUGAGUGAAAAAAAACAGGCCUGUCCAGCGCUAAACAUGAGUGACACCACACAGUCUGUGAAGAAAAGGCUCUGCGAAGCCGCUUUUACUCGGCCAUCUCCUCGAUUGCUCGCUGUAAAUAAAUGGAUUGUCGCAAUGCAGAAUGUUCUCCUGCUGUUAAUUUAUUUUGUGAUUUUGCUGUAUUGGAAGAAAAUAAAAUGGAAGUCUUCACUCACUGA